GAAAUUCAUUUCGAAUCUUCGAACUUUCCUAAUCCCCGCUCCUCCCAGUCCUUUACCGAAAUGUUGAGUCAAAUUCAAGAGCAAAACGACGGCGUAUUGGAGCUGGAAGAAGAAAUGGAGGAACAAGUAAAGCAAAUGGCUGAGAGAAUAACGGAAUAUCGUGAAACAAUACCGGUUCAGCUCAAAACUACUGUCUCUUCUAUUUUUACCCAUCAAAGACCCCUUUUGACGACCCAUUUUGACUAUGGACCCCCCAGUAAUCCCAGCUCCGAUGUUGGAGGACCAAUUCAAUCCGGUAGUAUUGCCCUUUUAGCUGGAGAGGAUCAGAAUGAAGCUGAGAAAGUACAGCUCCUUAAACAGAAGAUUUCGGAGAAUGCUUCUGCCAUACCUGUUGCGUUGAAUAGGAUGAAGGAAUGUAUGAGAAGGAUUGAUAAACUACAAUCGUGCAACGGAGUCAUCCACCCUGCCUUUAAAAGGAAAAGGACUAGUUGAGGGGCCUCUGAUAAAUCUGUUUGGUAUGGUCUUGUAGAUGUAGCUUAGGUUAUGCUAAACAGAGCAGUCCACUGCAAAAUUCAUGAGAAUUAUUCUCAAGAAAUGGAGUUCUAACCAAGAGUAGCAGCCACACUUAAGGGACACAUUCUAUUGUAACUAAGGGUGUAUUUAGAAUUUUAGAUGACAGAAGUCGUUUUCUGGUGUUUGGUAUAUAUGUAGGAAGUCAUUUCCAAGGAAAACAUCUUCCACCAAAAUGGAGAAAAUGGGCAGAGUUAUUUUUCUUUCUUA